AUGUUCAUGUGGUUUCGAGGUGGCAGCAUCAGGCAUAAGGUAUCCAGGGAGUGGGAUUCAUUCUUACAAUCAGACUGUCAAACUGCUGGUGAGGAGGUCAGUGGCACAUGCAAAGAAGCUGAUACAGCACAAGGAGCUGAGGAGGACAACGAGAUGAGUGGAGAAGAGGAAGAUGAUGAUACAGACCUGGAUGAGGAUGAGGGAAGCUCCAGUGAGCCUGAUGAUGACAAAUCAGAUGAUAAUGACAGCAAAAUGGUGGCAGGCCUCAAUGAUAACAAGAACUUGAAGCCUUGUCAUGAUGUUGCUAUACAAACAGACAGCAAGGAGACAAAGGAGCAGGCCAUGCAAGCCAGUGACCCCUCCCUCACCCAAGCCAAUGAUACUACACUCACAGUAAAGUGUGAGCCUACAUUGCAAGAUGUGGAGAAUGUAAAGUUUAGGCCUGCAUGUGUGGUAGACGCAAAAUAUACAAUCAACAGGACACACAGGGGUGCACGGUAUCACGAGACCGACUCGCGGCACGUCAGCGGCACAGCCACUCGAAAAUAUAUUCCUUAUCGGGAAAUAGCGGAGUUUGACAAUUUUGGUGAUGCUCAGCGACAUUUCAAGCUUCCCACUUCCGGUCGCAAGGCGGAACGCCUAACGUUCCAGUCGGCGCGGCUCCGGCUUCUUGUCAUGUGCAAGUACUCCUUCCGGAAAGCAGCUCGGUUACUCGAUGACGCAGACAGCCUGACGGCUGCAAGGGACGACGAUGUCACUGACGAAGAUAAUCAGGCAGUUUGUGACUUGUUCAAGGCGAUCACGGCUGCCAAGGGUAUAGGGGCACGACUUGUUUUGUCAUCCCUGUUUUCCUGUUGCGGGGAAAAUAACGCGAAGAUAGAUAAAGCUACGAUACUCUCUGGUGCACUUCAACGAAGUCCCAAGGAGCUAUGA